CGAGCGGCCUUGACGGACAUUUAUUCGUGUUUCUCCCGGUGGUACCACCUACCACCAGAAGUUGCGAUACGAAAGCGUGCGCGUGCACAGGAUUUUCCCAAGGUGGUGAUUUUCGUGAAAAGGUUUCUUCGCUUGCGGUGGCGUUGAAGUCGUUGCGCAAUUUCUCCCUGGAAGUGUGAAACUUUUCCCAAUCUGCUAGAGUGUCGAAAUGAAGCGUCUUGAGCGUGAAACGUGAAAUAAAUGUGAUCGAACUGUUGAGUGUUUUCGCUGCCGAUAGUCAACAGGGGAAAUUUUCAACGGGUUUCUUCGAGUAGACAAGUUGAUCCUAGUUGAUGCCGCGCGGUGCGUUCGAAAGGUUAGGUCACUGCCUUUAGGUUGUGUGUGCGUGAAACGACAGAAAAAAAAGCUGAAUGAAAGCGACAAGAGAUCAUCGUCAUCUGAAAGAAAGUGAAAAGCAAUGCGCAUAAGUAAAAUAUAGAACAAGUCGUGAGAAAAUCAGACGUGCCCAGAGGGUGGGAGUCGUCGUUUCGUCUGUUGUUCACGCGCCACGACGACGACGAGGGGGGGCAGGUGGCGUCUUUAAGCAUUCACAAUGCGAGUUUGUCCAACGCUUUUGUUCCGCGUGCACCCUUGAAGUGAUGAUCGGCAGCAGUUCUGUCAUUUUUUCUCAGUCACGAGCAAAGUGAAACCAUCAACCGAAGAGCACUGGGAAGAAAAGAAAGCAAAUAAGGUGUGAUUAGGUUAAUAAAAGAAGUACGUUAGAGUAAAUGUGGCUGCCGUGGCUGGAAUAAUGAACCAUUGGCGGUGUUAGACAGCAGAAAAACCAAAAGAAGAAGACGAAAAAAAGUCGUUUGUUACAAAUUUAUUUUCACGAGCUGUGAACAAUUGGACGCAAGGUGGGUUUCACUAAGUUUGUUUGCUCUCAUCUCCUGGAAAAUCGGUUUUUGGUUGUUUUUGUUGUUACCGCUACUCCCCUGUCUGACCGGCCUCAAUUAUCGCAAAUGAUUUUUUCCGUUUGGGCGUCAAUCAUGUAAACUGACUGUGAAGUGACCAUUUGGAAUCCAAUCUGCUGCCUUGAUGGUGUUCGGUAUGAUUUACACCGGUUACGUUUUGCUUCGAUAGCGCAGUUUCUUCUAAUCGACAAGGUGAUCCCCCAGCAAACAUUAGUGUAGCCUGCCUGCUGUGCAUGAAGUGUGAUCCGAGCUAAUUGCUUGAAACAGAAGGAAAUGAGCUGGGGCAACCAUUAGUGAUGCUAGCCAGCUGGAGUGAAGUAAGAAGAAAAAAACCAUCGAAUCGUGGCAAUGAUUGGUCAGACACUUUCGGAUUGGACUUGCUCGAGUGUUAAAUUGUUUUCGUGUUGCAGCGUGCAGCUGUGAGACAAGACUAAACAGCUUUAAUAGAUGCUUCUCCAAAGACUGAUUGCUGAUUCACUGUCAACUCUAGACGAACCAGAGCUUCAGGCACAACGAUUUUGAAGAGUUGAAGAUCAAUUAACUCUUUUCAUCGACGACGCAGAGGCAGAAGCAGCAAACAUGGGACAGCCACCAGCGACUGACCGCAAGUUGUUGACCGUCGUUCAGCGCCUUCAGUAGCAGUCCCGGGAUCACUCGAAACGCCAAAUGAGAGACGUAAAACGUGAACGCAAGAAAGACACUAAACAAAGUGGAAACCGAAGAGCCAUGCCUGCUGUGGCGUCCGGAACAACGCAGGAAAGAAGUCAGCCAUAGCGUUAUCUCAUGCGGCGGAGCUGCAAUCAAGAUGCUGGAAUCUGUGAUCGAGCGACGUCACUUUAGGAAAAAUAAUUAUAACAUAUUAUCGCCACAAGUUUGCACACCUGAAAUCUCGAACGAUCGAGUCCAAUCGACACCAUGGAACUGUCACCGGCUGUGUUAUCCUUCCUCACCGAUGAUCUGCCAUCGCAAGCGGAUUCGGCGACCCGCCGCGUUAGUGAGUCCUUCGGUGGCGAGUAUCGUCUUAUGCUUCGGGUUGUUUCUCUACGGUAGCGGUGUGAUCCCGUGUGAAGCUGCAGCCGUUCCGACGCCGGAUGCCAAGGGUACGGUUACGACCUUCGGGGUGCGAACGGGAUUGCCGAGAAUCGGUAUCGUUGCCGAUACGUCUCGGAUCAUCAAUCUCACACGACAACACGGCGGUGAUCUGUUUUAUACAUUUGAGACUGAAAAAUGUGAUACAGAUACCUGCGUCGGCUUGUCCAGCGGCACAGCAAGCCUCUCCCCGGCUGCAGCGAGUAGUGAACCACUAAACAGCGUCAAAGAAAUCGACAUGUCAUCAGCCCUGGGAACCGAGUGCAAGUGCCAAUGCCUCUCGCAUCUGACCACUUACCGCGAAGAUCUCGGCAUCUGCGUGGACGACGUGAGAGAAUGCACCCUGGCACCCUUCAUCAGUGGAUCCACAUCGGAGAAGAUCCCGUUCGUUUUCCUGCCUCAUCGUGGCCAGAUCGUCUAUCCGAGCAAAGAGAUCGGCUUUCCCGGUAAGUCGCUGCCGAUGUGUGCCGUCUCUGGUUCCCAGUAUCUGACGAGUGUGGGUUGGGCCGAGCUGCGAAAUCCGAGCGAUACGGACGUGCCGUUCCGACUGUUCCGCGACGAGGGCCGCAUCUAUCUGCAGUGGCUCGGCGAAACGGAACUGCGCCAGCGGAUGCAGGGUCGGCUGAUACUGGUGCACCUGAUGUGCCGCGACAUGACGCCGCAGCUGAUGCUGAAGGACGGCCAGACGCGAAGCUUCGAUGAUGUCCACCCAAAUCAGAAUAUUUUUACACCCUGUGUGGCUUUUCGUGUGGUUGGAACCCCUAUUAAAUAUGUUAACAAUGUCACCGAGGUUAGCUUCUCAUCGGAGACCCACAUUGAUGAUCAGCCGGGACUGAGCACCAAGGAGUACAUCGUAAUCGCAAUCUGCAGCCUCUGUCUGGGGUUGAUCUAUAUAGCGUCGGUUUUUCUCUACAUCCACAUGAAAAGACGAAAGCGGGGCUCCGGUGACGACGAGGACGCCAACACGAUCAAAAACGACUACUCGUCCUACCAGCAGAAUGAUCAGGUAACCUUCGGCAUUGGGCUGGGUUCACAGGUGAAUCCUUUCCACGGGAACCAGCAGCGGAACAGUUUCGUUGGGAGAAACGGCAGCCAACGACAGAGUGGCCCCGUUGGUCAUCGUGGAAUCUCGACACCGAUGAAUGUGGGCCUGCACACCGAAGAGAUGGGAAUCGUGAAGAACAAUCCGCUGCUGAAGCACUUUCCCAAUUUGAGCGAUAACUCCGGUUUCAUUAGCGACAACUCCAACUCGGUGUCGGAGUUUGAGGAUGAUCGAAUGAUUGAUCCCGAGAAGAGGAUGCAAACCACAGCAAACAUUCACCAGCCAAAAAACUACUUAGGGCAUACCGACAUGGAUGGAGGACUUCACCAUCAGCAGCAGCAGCUGCACAAUCACCAGUCCCUACAGAGUCCGGAUGGGAUGAGCAACUCGAGUGGUCCCGAUACCGAGUGUUUGCCCGAGGAAAAUGUGUCCAUUGUCGAAGAUAUCAGCAACGACGAAAAGCUCGAAAGUAUGAAGUCUAUCGUCAACGGAACUAUGCGUCGCAAGCUGUACUUUAACCCGGCCUAUUUCGAACCGCAUCUUCUGGUGUCUCCUCCACCGGCAGCCGUCGAGUUUCUGAACAAAAUUCGCGAGGUGAUUACAAUCGCCAAAUACAAAAUGUCUGCAAAACGCUUCCAACCUUCCCUGAAUAUUAUCCCCGAGGAGCUGCAGCACGCGCAAGGAUCGGAAACGUACGCGGCAGCCCACACUGCUCCUCCCAGUCGCCGCAGCAGCCUGAUCAGUUCUCGCAGAGAUAGCUCGAAGAAGAGCAUCUGCUCGGGAUGCCCCGGUUGCGAGAAGAAGGGCAAUUCUGACGUUGUGGUUCCUUCAAGUAAUUGCAGAAAUUGUGGGGACAAGCAAAACAGUAUCCGAAAAUGGCUGGAGGAUGUUUCCUCCAACCAUGGUGACACGGCUAACGAUGCGGAUGUGUACGAUGGUGGAAAGAUGAACAAUUCUUCGGAUAAUAUGGAUUCACUGAAAUCAGUUGAUGAUCGUUCGACUUGCGACUCACUGCCAAUCAAUCCGGAAAUCAAGAAGUUGCCCAAAUCUAUGCGACCCCGCCACGGCAGUAUACAAAGUGACAGUUCCUCUGCUUCCGACAACGAAACGAUCAUUGCCAACAGCGUCACGGAACGAUCGUCUCUAGUGCGGGCUCCAUCUCGUGCGAAGUCAGUUCGCUCGGACACAAGCUCCUCAGCACCGAAGAUUGUGUCCCAUAGCCUGAAGUCCGAUAUUAUGAAAACAAACAAGUAUGCCUCCGAGGACGGUUCGUUGAUGAAAAACAACAGUUUCGUGUACGACCCGCAUGAAAACCGCGGUCGAAAUCAGGACAACUACAUACGAAACAUAAACAAUUCGCUGAUUCACUCGGAUGUCAAAAAGAACUACGACAAACGUGACUUGUACAGUCUCAGCGGAAGUGAACUCUUCAACAAUCCCCAGUUUGAGUCUUCCCCUCAGAUGCAACAUCGUCAGAUGAACGCCAACCAUCGUCACCAUCAGAAUCAGCAAAGUAGAAAACGGUCCAACUCGCACAGCCGUCCGGGACCCUCGGGCAAGAGGCAAAUUGAAGUGCUAGACCAAUUCGCCAGUGCCUCGUCGCCCAAGCUGAGAAGUUUAAACCACAUGCCGGAUAUGGUCUACGAAGCCCUAGCCAUGGAUGAACGGAAAAAGUCCUGGCGAAGCCAGGGUAAUCCUGUCGCUCUAAAUGAAUUCCUUCACGAAACAUGCGAAAGCCGGUUCAGCAGCAUCGAUCGAACGGAAAGGUACCGGAAUGAGAAGUUCUUUCAUGACUUCAUAAACUCGGACGGCAGCAACACCCCAGGAAAUCGAUCUGGCAAAAACUCAUUCAACAAAUAUCAGCCAGAUUCUCCCAUCUAUUCGCGUAAAUCUCCCCACUAUCUUGUUGUAGACUACGAAACCGAUAGCCUUGAGAGGGUGACCUCAAGAACCCAGAUAAGCUUCAACACAUCCACAACCACUAGCAGUGAUCUCAGCUCGCAGCCUUCGCCCUCCCACAGCACAGCGCUUCCCCUGGAAGAAGAGGUUGAAAUCCGCAAUGCCAUCUACGAUCGUGUCGAGGGGUUUAGAAAAGAUACGGACACUAUAAAAAAGGAACGAGAAGCGCAUCCAAGCGACGAUGACUACGAGGACGUUCCGAUGAACUCGCUGGCGGAAACCGUUAUCCAAGUGCCAACGAAAAAAGGACCCAAAAUCAAGUGCGAUACCCCGUUCCAGGGUAGCAUCACGAUCGAAGUAGAGCACAGUCCGGAUGAUUGUGACCUUUCGACCGACAGCGAUCAAUUUGAACCGGACACACUGGAUCGUAAACCGAAGAAGCACAGCAAUAUCGUUGGUCGACACAAAAGCAACGUUUGGGCCCAGGAUCGUUCGGGCAGCAAGGAAACGAACCUAACCUCUCUGCCAGCCGAUUUGAACAAUCACUUCGUAUUAAAAAACUCCCAAUCCUUUAAAGAAACCUCGUUUGGCAGUCUGCGCGAAAUUUAUGAGUCAAAAAACUUAAAAAACGCUAACCACAGCCAGAUGCACAGCUUGGAGGAGAUCGAUGUGCAGUCAGGAAAGUUGCUCACUCUGGAACUGCGGCACUCCAAGAGACAACGGUCGAAUGACAACACCGCUAUCGCUCCCAAGCUGAUGCCACCGGAUGUGAUUCCAUCGGACGUCCCGAGAAGUCGCAGUCACUACGAUCAACCACGUCCACAGUUGAAAAAAGUUGAAGAUUAUGGAAUCUCUCCGAAAAAUCUGGCUUGCUGGAACAAUGAUAAGUUUUUGAAGCAACCCAAUGGUCCAGCACCGAAGCCCGUUUUGAACAGUAUUGAAAGCUAUGAAUCCACCAACAGUAUGACUGCGGACAGUGACUCUACACAGUUUACGGGAGUGUCCGAUAAUGGCCACAACUCACCGCGCAAGCAGACAAAGGUUGCCAACUACAGCCAAGUGAACAAACAAGGCCGCGAGAGGACGUCGUCCCUCGAGAGGGAUGACUUCCGGCAGGGCCACAGCGGUUUAGAUAGUUCCAGUAUUUUGAAGAGCUUCAUGAGCUUAGGGGAGAUCAACGAGAAAAACUUCCUCGAUCAAGUGGAUAACAAGAUAUACGAUCUCAAGGAAAAAUCCCAAGACCGGACAAAGUUUAUUGAGGAUAUCGAUAAAAUUGAGGUUCUGUCAACUAAGACGCUGUCGAACUAUGAUUAUCCGAUGAGGAAAACUAAUGUCAGCGUGAGCAAGAAUGAGCAGGAAGAUUCUAAGGCCAGCUACGAAGUUAAUCCGGUUACAACUACCAAGAUCUACCGAGUCGAGAUCAAUCCGUCCUCCAACGGGAUGCAGAUAGCUAUGGGUCUUCGUGAUCGGGUGAAGAAAACGAAGGAUAUCAAAAACGCCUGGAAAAAAUUCAUCGGAAUCGCUGCUUCCAAAUUCAACGGAAAAACCUUCGAUGGUAAGAGUGACUCCGAUGUUGAGAAAAACUCCGACACCUCGGAUAUCCUAGAUAAGGAUGAGGGGAUUUCUUCCCUGAUCGAUGAUGCGAGCGGUGCUUAUGAGAGUACGCAUCACCAUCAUCAUCGACAUCACCAUCAUCACAAAUCGGCUGGCUAUAGUGGACCACAAUUGAACGGGCGUCAAAUAGUGAUCGUCCGUAGAGAUUCUCGUUCCAGUGGAAAAGACGACAGCGGAUACAUCAGCACCGAUUCCGGCGAGUCACGGUUGAACAACAAAAAGCUCUACGAACGUUUCAACUUCACAGCUAAAUCGAACGAAUCCACCAACGCGAUCCAAGAGGAAAACAAGUAUGAAAUCUGCGCAAUACCGGAAAACUCCGUGAGCACCAUUAAGAGCAGUACGUCAUCUUCGUCCAGCGGCAGCACCCGUUCCGAUAAACAACUGACCCGACCUCGUGAUCCUCCUCCGCCGCUGCCGCCACCUAACCCACCACCUCCACCGCCCACCACAACGAUUCCCACCAAGAAACAACCGUCGCCUCCGCGUGUGAUCGAAAAGCCACAAACUAAGCCGCCUCCUCCUCCGCCAAAAACCCCUGCACCGAAAACACCCCGUCCAGAGGAGAACUGCCUUUUCAACACGGCGGACGCGAUCAGCGUACGGGUAUACUCUUCGGAUGACGAGAACCUGGCCAGUAGUGACAACGCGUCCUGCAUCUCAGAUAACAACGAAGACGACGACGAUGGCACCAGCUGUGCCACGGACGACAUCUGCGAGUCCGGAGCGGAGAGCGUCGAAACGCACUCCGUAUUCUUCAAGAAUAUCCGGGCGAGGCCCCGGGAGGCCCGUUCCGGAGCGAUCGCGUUAGCUCACUAGAGUUGUGGGGCAAUUUGAUUACAUUCCGUGCAAUUUGAUCGGCAAUUAUUUUGAUAACUGGUUGUGCAAUAACAACGAUAUGCUUAGAAGUUUAAGACUAGAAACGUUAAGGACUGUACAUUCGAACAUGACACAUGGAGUUAUUGUACCUCUGAAUACUUUAAAUAGCGAAUAUAGUUCGGUAGGACUUAGGUAGAUUUAGUUUGCAAUCGUAGUUUAAGACUGUUUGUUAUCGUGUGCAAUUUUAUUAACACUCACAUUUGUUGUGCAAUUUAUUUUUAAUGUAAUUCUAAGAAGAGGUUUGAAAUCAUUUUCAAAGCGAGAUUACCCCAGUACCCAGAUGAUACUUUUUCAACUUUCUCUAUCAUAAAACGUGGCAAUAUUAGCUGAACUAUAUUAUUUCGACGGCUCUUAUAAUAAUCAAAAACUAACAAAUUUUCGAAAAACUAAGAAAAACAUACUUCAAUUCCAAAACAAAAACUUAGCUUUUUCAGCUGUUAUUCAGCCAGUUGUAAAAAUGACGUAUCAGUAUAAUUGUAUAAUUUAUUGUUAGUCACCAAAAUAAUCUUCAACUUUUGGACCCAACACUUCGCUGUGUUUGAAUCGUGUGCACGUGCAAUAAAUCGCCAGCGUUUUUUGAGUGUUGUGAUAGAACGAUGCAAUUGAAACCUAUAAUUAGCUGUUAAUCCUAAGCACUAGUAAGACGUAGGCUAGCUAGCUUAGAAAAGGCCGGAUAUGUGCAAUAAACUCAACAAUCCGAUUAGUUUCUUAAGGUGUGCAAUACAUGUUUAUCUAUAGUAGCAGUAACAAGUAAUAGCUCGACAAAGGUAGUUAUAGCUCAAACACAGCUAUAAUACCAAAAAAUCAAUAACUUUUUUUUUGGUGCUUAGUUUAAUUACAUCUAGCAAAAAUUGUUUUGUUCAUCUUUUAUUUAUUUUUGUUAGUAGGUAGAAACAACAAAAAAACGCCUAGCUUCGUAAGUACCUGCCAAAUAUUUAGAUUUAAAGCCAGCGAAUGGCGACGUGUUUGUUUAGAUAAUGGAACUGUUUCGAGAGAAAAAAAACACUAACGACUUGGAUAUAAAACCAUUUAAAAAUCUUCCCAUCCUAGAGGAACUAGCGACAAAACGAAGAGGUUUAACUGGUCUUAUUUCUCAACAACGUUCGAAAAAUGGGGCUUUAUGGUGAUUGAAACCGAUCGAACCAACUUGACAAGGUGUUUAUGAUGUAUUUGAAUUAAUUGAAAUUUUGUUGAUUUUAAUGUGUUUAACGUAAUAGUGCAAGACGUUUUCUUCGUUUGUUGGUAAUAUUAUGCGCAGAUUUUAACUAUAGAUAAACAUAACGAUUAGGUUGAGUUUUAGCACAAUUAUUGUAGCUUAGUUACUAACCUAAGACAUUAUACAAAAGAGUAUAGAAAAAAAUAUAGAAGCGGCCGCUUUUAAUAUGCCUGGAUUUGCUCACAUAUUUUAGCAAGUUGUGUUCUCGGAACUGUGAACGCAACUGUUCUUAAUCUAAUGUGUGCUUUGUUUUAAGAAAAAUCUAUAACAGCAAUUAGUUUAAUAAAAAAA